AUGACGACGGCGGCGGACUUCAAGGACCGGCAGUUCCUUGCUGUGAUUGGAGACGAGGUGCGGCUGACUGAAGAGAAGCGGGAGAAGGGUCUGGAUGGGACCAUGGGAGACGAGGCUGACUCACGUCUGCAGCAUGUGACUCCGGGCCCCGAUGCACAAAAGAACUUCCUCGUCGUCGACAGCAAGACGGACAAUACGGCCAUUGAGGCGGCGUUUGACCGGUUCACCGCCGACCGCAAGGACAUUGGCAUUGUCCUCAUCAACCAGCACAUUGCCGACCGGAUACGGUACCGUGUCGACACAUACACCGCGGCCUUCCCGACCGUGCUCGAGAUUCCGAGCAAAGACCAUCCGUAUGACCCGGAGAAGGACAGUGUUCUGCGGCGUGUGAGACGGCUGUUUGGCGAGUAG